AUGGAAUCCAAGUCAACCUCGUUCCAUCUUGAGGGCACGAAAGCUCUCGAUAUAGACGAUAAUCUCGUCCACAAUGCGGAGUUAGGCACGGCAAAAGAGCAUCGCAUGACGCUCUGGCAAGGAUUGAGACUGUAUCCAAAAGCCGUCGGUUGGUCUCUUUUAAUAUCAUCCGCAAUCAUUAUGGAGGGAUACGAUGUCGUACUCAUGGGAAGUUUCUAUGCAUUCCCUGCGUUCAACAAGCGGUACGGUCAAAUUCUAUCGGACGGGUCAUACGGCCUCACAGCGCCGUGGCAAGCCGGUCUAUCGAACGCAAUGAACUGUGGACAGAUCCUUGGUCUCUUCGCGAAUGGUAUCAUUUCUGAACGCUAUGGUUACCGGAAGACAAUGAUGUAUUCCUUGGUGGCUACGAUGGCGUUUAUCUUCAUUCUUUUCUUUGCGCCCAAUGUCCAGACUCUACUAGUAGGUGAAAUCUUGAUGGGUAUGCCACUAGGCGUCUAUCAGACCCUUACUGUCACCUACGCUUCUGAAGUCUGUCCCGUGGCGCUCCGCGCCUAUUUGACAACUUACGUGAACCUCUGCUGGGUUAUUGGCCAACUGAUCGCAUCGGGUGUGCUGAAGAGUCUCUCUGACCGCGCCGACCAGUGGGCGUAUCGCAUACCUUUCGCGGUUCAGUGGGUAUGGCCCAUUCCUAUCUUCCUUGGAGUGUACUUUGCUCCUGAAAGUCCCUGGUGGCUGGUCCGCAAAGGCCGUCGCGAAGAUGCCGUCCGUUCUCUUCAGCGCCUUACCUCUCAGAAGGACACGGACUUCGACGCGGAAGAAACGGUGGCGAUGAUGGUACACACCAAUGAAUUGGAAAAGGAAAUCAAUACUGGUACCACGUAUCUGGAUUGCUUCCGUGGCACCGACCUCCGUCGAACAGAAGUAGCGUGUCUUAUCUGGGCAGCCCAAAACCUUUGUGGCGCUGGCCUGAUGUCCUACUCCACGGUUUUCUACGAGCGUGCCGGUCUGGCCGUUUCACAAUCUUUCAACAUGUCAAUUGGCCAAUACGCGAUAGGGUUUUGUGGCACUGUCUUCUCGUGGUUUCUAAUGACUCAUUUCGGUCGACGCAGUCUUUAUGUUGGUGGCCUCGCUAUACUGACGCUUCUGCUUCUCAUUGUGGGUUUCAUCUCUAUCGCCCCAGAAAGUAAUAGCACGGCUUGGGCUACAGGCUCCAUGCUUCUCGUCUAUACAUUCUUCUAUGAUUCGUCCGUCGGCCCGGUCUGCUACUCUCUCGUAGCAGAGAUGCCAAGUACGCGUCUGCGCAUCAAGACUGUGGCCCUUGCGCGUAACCUAUACAACUGUUUCAGCAUCUUAAACGGUGUCAUCAUACCAUACAUGCUAAAUGUCGACGCCUGGAACUGGCGCGGCCGAGCAGGCUUUUUCUGGGGUGGACUUGCUUUAUUGUGCUGGGUAUGGUCAUUUUGGCGGCUUCCCGAGCCCAAAGGAAGGACAUAUGCGGAGAUGGACAAACUGUUUGAACAGAAGGUACCUGCCCGGAAGUUUGCAAAAACAGAAGUCAGUCUGUUCAAUGAGUAG